AUGAAUUGAAUAAACAUUAAAUUAAUUCUUAAAUUAAUUAUUAAUAAACUUAUUAAUAGCCCUAUUAAUAGAGCUAAUUAUCUUAAUAUUAGAUACAAUAUUACUAUUUUAUUAUAUGUAUUUGAGGAUUUAUUCCUUAAUAAAUUUAAAUCCUUAAAAGAUAAGCAAAUUCAUUAUUAUAAUUAUAUAUUGAAUAAUAAUAAGUUAAUUAAACUUAACUCUACAUCUAACAAAUACAUAGCUUAUAACUUUAAUAGAUAUGAAUUAUUAAAAAAUAUGCUAAUAUCUAGAUUAACAUCUAAAUUAAUAUAUGACUUAAUAUAUAAAAUAUUCUAUAAUAAUAUUAAUAAAUCAUCUAGAUUUAUAAAUAAUUAUGUGUACUUAGUUAUAAGUAAGCCCAAAGUAAAAAUUAAUUUAUCUAAUGUUAAAAUAUCAUUUUAUUACUAUUUACCUAGUUAUAAACCUAACUUAUUCAUUAAUAGAACAUUAUUAUAUUUAAAUAAUAAUAAUCCUAAAUUAGCUCAAAGUACUUUAUCCAAAGGGAAGUUAGAUAACCUUAAGUAUUCGUUUAUUUCUAAUAUAAUUAAUAACAUAUUUGAACUUAGAAAUAAUAAGCAUUUAUCUGAGAAUUUAAACAAUAUUAUUAAUAAAAAAUCUAAUAAUAUUUAUAGCUCAUCUUUAUAUAAUUUAAUUGCUUAUAGACUUAAAUUUAGAGUUUUAAAUCAUAAUAUUAAUAAUGAUUUAACUCGUUAUUAUAUUAAGAAUUUAUUGACUAAUAUUUAUUCAUCAGUUAAUAUAGUUAAAAAUAAAAAAGGUCACGGUAAUUUAUUACCAGUAUCAAUAUACAAUAAUAUAUUAAAUGAUAUUCCUCAAGAAAAUAAUUGAUUAUAUUCUGGAUAUACUAAUUUAGAUACCAAGAAAAGAAUAUACAAGAUAUUAUUAAAUAGAGGAAAUAAAGAUUUAAUCUUAAGUAAUACGAAAUAUAUUAGUAAUAACACUAAUAUGGAUUCUAAUUUAGUAAUUAAGAGAGCAUUCCACAACUCAUCAGAUAAUAAACCAAAUUAUUUACAAUUAAUAGUCUUUAGUAUAAACAAGUUAUUCAACCAAUUAAAUGGCAAUAACAAUAUUAAUAAUAAAUCAAUAAUUAAUGUAAAUAAGUUAUCUAAUAUACUAAGUAAAUUCUUUAACAAUAAGAAAGUUAUAAUAAACCCAAUACAUUUAAAAUAUGAGUAUAAUAAUACUGACAUAUUAAUGCGUAUAUUAUCUAAUAGUAUAGAUGAUGAGAAUGACAGAGAUAUUGACAGGAAAUUUAGAAAGAUAUUAUUAAAUAGAAAAUUAGUAUUAAAUGAUAGUAAACGGAUCUUAAAUACAAUAAAAGAGAACAAAUUAGUAUCAAUAUCUAAUAGAGACAAUAUUUAUGAUAAUCAAUUAGAUUAUCAGAAGGAAUUAAACGUAAAUAAUAGUAUAGACAAUAUAAGUAAAGAGAGUAUUAGAGACAUAUUAUUACCCAAUAUGAACAUAAAUUUAUCAGAUAAUAUAACAAAUAAAUAUUUAGUAGGAACCAAAUUUGAAUAUAAUGGUAAAUAUGGGUCUAGUUGAGGUAAACGUAGAUCUAACAAGUAUUCAUAUAAUAAAGGUACAUUUAGAAAUUAUUUAAUAGAAUAUAAUCAAGUUAAGAACAGUAGUUAUAAUUUAAAUUAUAUAAAACCGGGAGUAAGUAAAGGAUAUAUAGGAAAACACACAUUUAGUGGUAAAGUCGGUAUUAAAUUAACAUUAAAUAGAAUAUAA